AUGUAUUCCGUGAUUGAAGAUUUCAUCAGGGCUCUUUCCCGCCUUCUCGGUUGGAUAUACACGUUUUGUUGGUCUGCAUCCUUCUAUCCCCAGCCGAUUGACAACUACCGACGCAAAUCGACCACUGGACUGGCCAUCGAUUUCCCCACCAUUAAUGUGCUGGGAUUUGUCUGUUAUGCUGUGUAUACUGCUACCUUUCUCUGGUCCCCCGUGAUCCGCCGUCAGUAUGCUGCUCGUCAUCCUGCGUCGGAAGAACCAACCGUGCGCUUUAAUGAUUUUGCCUUCGCCCUGCAUGCCGUCGUCCUAAGCUCCAUAGUCUACUCUCAAUUCUGGCCGAGAAUCUGGGGGUUUCGAGUCUCCCGCUUCCAGACCGUUAGUAAGCCGGUUGCUGGCCUUUUCUGGGGUUCCUUUGUCGCAGUAGCUGUUGUCGUCUGCCUUGUCUUAGUCAAGAGUCCGAACGAGGGCUAUGACCCGUCGUCUUGGGCUUGGAUUGAUGUUAUAUACUCCCUUUCCUAUGUGAAACUUGUCAUCACGGUUGUCAAGUAUGUCCCGCAGGCGUGGAUCAACUAUAAACGUAAAUCCACACGUGGUUGGAGCAUUGUCCAAAUCCUCUUCGACUUAACUGGAGGUGUUCUCUCCCUCCUUCAAUUGGUACUUGACUCUAGUCUCCAGAAUGACUGGAGUGGUAUCGUCGGGAACCCGGUCAAACUCCUCCUAUCGAAUGUCACCAUCUUUUUUGACCUAGUUUUUGUCGUCCAACAUUACAUCCUCUACCGGAAUGCGCCUGAAGAUAAAGGGAAGAGCCAAAAUGCGGAUGUAUACAGCCCUUUGUUAUCUCACUCGAGUAAUCCCCAGGGACCCAGCAGGGUUUAG